AUGGCUUCAGACACCAGAAGGACACAAGCGGCAGCGAGUACCAAUCCCUCCUCUGCUCUGCUGACAAGCGCACCCUCCGUCACCGGCUCGGCAACAUGAAGGCCUCCACCGCUGCCCUUGCUGUUCUUAUCUGUACUAUGACUCUCUGCAACCAAGUCUUCUCAGCACCAUAUGGAGCUGACACCCCGACUGCCUGCUGCUUCUCUUACGGUCGGCAGAUUUCACGCAAAUUCAUCGCUGACUAUUUUGAGACCAGCAGCCUUUGCUCCCAGCCAGGGGUCAUUUUCCUGACCAAGAGAAACCGGCAGGUCUGCGCUGACCCCAAAGAGACCUGGGUCCAAGAAUACAUCACUGACCUGGAACUGAAUGCCUGAGACACUUGGAGGCAGCAAGGAAUCCCCAAACCUCCAUGGGUCCCAUGUAGAUCAGAGGGGCUUGAGCCCCAGGACAUCCCUGUCACGUCCAUAGCUCCAUCUCCUAUAAGCUGUUUGCUGCCAAGUAGCCACAUAGGGGACUCUUCACUUGAAAGUUUAUUUAAUUUAAUUCUAUUGAUUUAAUACUAUUUAAUUUUGUAAUUUAUUUUAUUGUCAUGCUUGUGUUUGUAACUAUUUAUUCUGAAAGACUUCAGGUCACAUACCUCAACCCCCAUCCACCUCCUGGCUGUUUGGUGACAGCUAUUCUAGAUAGACAUGAUGACAAAGUCAUGAACUGACAAAUGUACCAUGAAUGUUUUGUCUAUACCAGAGAAGUAAUAAAUAUGCCCUUUAACAAGUGA